GGGAAUUCCAGUCGACUUCAAUACGGCUUUCACGUGAAAGAAACAUAGAACGAAGCAACCGAUACAGGGCAUCGCGUUGCGUGUAUAGGCGUCCUUACUCGAGAAACUCAUAGCAGAAAUGGGCAUGAGCAUAUCUAAUGAUGAAUUACAACUUGAGAGAGGGGGCGGGCUCGAAUUUGUUGCAUCAGCAUAUAGCAAGAGGCAGGCCGUGUUGACGGGCAGAGAUACCGCAAUACGAAGUCAAAGUGAGGUUUUGAGAUACCUCACUGUCUGCUCAAGUUUUUGGUGGCCCUUAAUGGAUGGAGUUGUAUGGGUUAUUAUGCCUUUUUUUCAGCAUAUCAGUGCUAUGUUACUGCUACUAUCUAUCUAUAGACCUCUCUAUAAGUCAGUGCCUUUUCUUCAAAGAAAGAAAGAAAAGAAAGGCCGGACUGGGAUGCGUUGCGUUAGUUGGCUGGACCUCAUUGUAUGGGGGCUCGGCAACACCUGCGCUUUGGUAGGAUAUAAUGUUAAUGGAUUAGAAAUGAUGUCAAGAUUCAAACAAUCCAAUUAAUUGAACCUUAUCGUUACGUACACAGUUGUUCCGGC